GAAGGAUCGGGCCCCCUUGCACGUACGUGGCCAGCGAGGUUUGAGCGUAAAUUUGUUGGAAGUUGCUUGCGAUAGCUUGUGAUGUCUGGAGCAGUCUUAUCUGCCAGCUUGUUGCUCUGACCGGACAGACGUGCGUGACAUGAUAGCUGUGAUAUGCCGACGGGCGUUGUAUGUGCGUAUAUGCGUUGCGUGAAGAUGCGAGGAGCCUCGGAGGCGUGAGUGUCGUCGCUCCUUGGGCGCGUUGCCGUGACUGUCUCCGCUCACACGAGUUGCCGCUUCCUUGCAACGACGGCAGUCACCCUCUCCCAAGUCUCUCACAACUCUCGUCAGCAGUUCGAGCCGGUAGAUUCCCCGACAACUGCUCCCUUGCCUCUCGAGAAUGCUUGCCCCGCUGGUUUCCAGCAGGCUGCCUAGGAGAUCGACAGACACGGCGAGCUGCGACGGCGAAGUUGAGUCGACCCACAAGGAUGGCCAGACAGAGAUGCAAGUCAACAGGCACGUCGCAUGCGAGGCGUCGUGCGGAUCCCUUCUACGUUCGGGGACGGACCUGCAGAUCUAAUUUGCUGCAGAUCACUCGCCCGCGAUCCCAGUGGAUUGUAUGCUCAGACACUUCCACUUGAGCUUAUCCUCUUCUCCUGGGUCUCUGCCUGCUUACGGCGGCGCGCUCCACGCUUUCGGCAGAUAGAAGUUGUUCUCGCGGGAAGCGCGAU